CCGCCGCGCCGCCAUGUUGUCGGAGUGAGCGGCCGGGGAGAGGCAGCGGCGAGCGGCCGGGGGGGGCCCGGCAUCCGUCUGCAUCCGAGCGCUCCGCCCGUGAGUAGCGGCCCGGCGCCGGCCCCGCCGCGCCGCGGACCCCCGCGGACCCGCCGGUGUUGGUGGAAUGAGCGUAGCGUGCGUUUUGAAGAGAAAAGCAGUUCUGUGGCAGGACUCGUUCAGCCCCCACCUGAAGCAGCACGCUCAAGACACAGCCAACCCCACCAUGCCUGUGGUACUGACAUCUGGCACAGGCUCGCAGGCUCAGCCCCAGCCAGCUGCAAACCAGGCCCUUGCAGCAGGGACACACUCCAGCCCCGUGCCAGGAUCCAUAGGAGUGGCGGGGCGCUCCCAGGACGACGCCAUGGUGGAUUAUUUCUUCCAGAGGCAGCACGGGGAGCAGCUCGGGGGAGGAGGCAGCGGCGGCGGCGGCUACAACAACAGCAAACACCGCUGGCCCACCGGGGACAACAUCCAUGCAGAGCAUCAGGUGCGUUCCAUGGACGAGCUGAAUCACGAUUUCCAAGCGCUGGCUCUGGAAGGACGGGCUAUGGGAGAGCAGCUGUUGCCGGGUAAAAAGUUUUGGGAAUCUGAUGAUUCCAGCAAAGAUGGACCAAAAGGGAUAUUUCUGGGAGAUCAGUGGAGAGACAGUGCUUGGGGAACAUCAGAUCACUCUGUUUCCCAGCCCAUCAUGGUUCAGAGAAGACCUGGGCAGGGUUUCCACGUGAACAGCGAGGUGAACUCGGUGCUGUCGCCGCGCUCCGAGAGCGGAGGGCUGGGGGUGAGCAUGGUGGAGUACGUGCUGAGCUCGUCUCCUGGAGACUCCUGCCUAAGGAAAGGAGGAUUUGGGCCAAGGGAUGCAGAGAGUGACGAGAAUGACAAAGGGGAUAAGAAAAGCAAGGGCACGUUUGAUGGAGAUAAAUUGGGAGAUCUGAAGGAGGAGGGGGAUGUGAUGGAUAAAUCCAAUGGUUUGCCUGUCCAGAACGGGAUCGACGCCGACGUCAAAGACUUCAGCCGCACGCCCGGGAACUGCCAGAACUCUGCCAGCGAGGUGGAUCUGCUGGGCCCCAACCAGAACGGCUCCGAGGGGCUGGCCCAGCUGGCCAGCACCAACGGGGCCAAGCCCGUGGAGGAUUUCUCCAACAUGGAAUCCCAGAGCGUGCCCCUGGACCCCAUGGAGCACGUGGGCAUGGAGCCGCUGCAGUUCGAUUACUCCGGCACUCAGGUCCCCGUGGACUCGGCCGCUGCCACCGUGGGGCUCUUUGACUACAAUUCCCAGCAGCAGCUGUUCCAGAGGCCCAGUGCCCUGGCUGUGCAGCAGCUGACCGCAGCCCAGCAGCAGCAGUACGCCCUGGCCGCUGCCCACCAGCCACACAUAGCAGGUUUAGCUCCCGCUGCCUUCGUCCCCAACCCCUACAUCAUCAGCGCGGCGCCUCCGGGGACCGAUCCCUACGCGGCCGGGCUGGCGGCAGCUGCCACGCUAGGCCCGGCUGUGGUGCCUCACCAGUACUAUGGAGUCACUCCCUGGGGAGUUUAUCCCGCCAGCCUCUUCCAGCAGCAAGCGGCCGCCGCCGCCGCCGCCACCAACUCUGCCAACCAGCAAACCACGCAGCAAACCCAGCAGGGCCAGCAGCAGGUGCUCCGUGGAGGAGCCAGCCAGCGUCCCCUGACUCCCAACCAGAACCAGCAGGGCCAGCAGACGGAUCCUCUGGUGGCCGCCGCCGCCGUCAACUCCGCGCUCGCCUUCGGCCAGGGGCUGGCAGCAGGAAUGCCAGGGUACCCAGUGCUGGCUCCUGCUGCUUAUUACGACCAAACCGGAGCCCUCGUGGUCAACGCUGGGGCCAGGAACGGCCUGGGGGCUCCUGUGCGCCUGGUGGCCCCUGCCCCUGUCAUCAUCAGCUCCUCUGCAGCCCAGGCAGCGGUGGCGGCGGCGGCGGCGUCGGCCAACGGAGCGGCCGGGGGGCUGGCAGGGACCACCAACGGCCCCUUCCGAGCCCUGGGCACGCAGCAGCCCCAGCCCCAGCAGCAGCCCACCAACAACCUGGCCUCCAGCUCCUUCUACGGGAACAGCUCCCUGAGCAGCAACUCGCAGAGCAGCUCGCUCUUCUCGCAGGGCUCUGCCCAGCCAGCCAACACCUCCCUGGGCUUCGGCAGCAGCUCCUCCCUGGGAGCCACGCUGGGCUCCGCGCUGGGCGGCUUCGGCACCGCAGUGGCAAACUCCACCACGGGCAGUGGCUCCCGCCGGGACUCCCUGACGGGCAGCAGCGACCUGUACAAGAGAACCUCGAGCAGCCUGACCCCCAUCGGCCACAGCUUCUACAACGGGCUGGGCUUCUCCUCCUCUCCCGGGCCCGUGGGGAUGCCCCUGCCCAGCCAAGGGCCCGGCCACUCGCAGACUCCUCCUCCUUCCCUGUCCUCGCACGGAUCCUCCUCCAGCCUCAACCUGGGGGGUCUGACGAACGGCAGUGGCCGUUACAUCUCCGCGGCGCCGGGUGCGGAGGCCAAGUACCGUAGCGCGAGCAGCGCGUCGAGCCUGUUCAGCCCCAGCAGCACGCUGUUCCCAUCAUCCCGCCUGCGCUACGGCAUGUCAGACGUCAUGCCCUCGGGCCGCAGCCGCCUGCUCGAGGACUUCCGCAACAACCGCUACCCCAACCUGCAGCUGCGCGAGAUCGCCGGCCACAUCAUGGAGUUCUCGCAGGACCAGCACGGAUCCAGGUUUAUUCAGCUGAAACUGGAGCGUGCCACCCCAGCAGAGCGUCAGCUGGUGUUCAACGAGAUCCUGCAGGCAGCCUAUCAGCUCAUGGUGGAUGUCUUCGGCAAUUAUGUCAUCCAGAAGUUCUUUGAGUUUGGCAGCCUGGAGCAGAAGCUGGCACUGGCAGAGCGCAUCCGUGGCCACGUGCUGUCGCUGGCGCUGCAGAUGUACGGCUGCAGGGUGAUCCAGAAGGCCCUGGAGUUCAUCCCCCCAGACCAGCAGGUAAUUAACGAGAUGGUUCGGGAGCUGGACGGGCACGUGCUCAAGUGCGUCAAGGACCAGAACGGGAACCACGUGGUGCAGAAAUGCAUCGAGUGUGUGCAGCCUCAGUCCCUGCAGUUCAUCAUCGAUGCCUUCAAGGGCCAGGUGUUCGCUCUGUCCACGCACCCCUACGGCUGCCGGGUGAUCCAGAGGAUCCUGGAGCACUGCCUGCCCGAGCAGACCCUGCCCAUCCUGGAGGAGCUCCACCAGCACACGGAGCAGCUGGUGCAGGAUCAGUAUGGGAAUUACGUUAUCCAGCACGUCCUGGAGCACGGCCGGCCCGAGGACAAGAGCAAGAUCGUAGCAGAGAUCAGAGGCAACGUGCUUGUGUUGAGUCAACAUAAAUUUGCCAGUAACGUGGUGGAGAAGUGUGUGACGCACGCGUCGCGCACGGAGCGCGCCAUGCUGAUCGACGAGGUGUGCACCAUGAACGACGGCCCCCACAGUGCCUUAUACACCAUGAUGAAGGAUCAGUACGCCAACUACGUGGUGCAGAAGAUGAUCGACGUGGCAGAGCCGGCCCAGAGGAAGAUUGUCAUGCACAAGAUCCGGCCCCACAUCGCCACCCUGCGCAAAUACACCUACGGGAAGCACAUCCUGGCCAAGCUGGAGAAAUACUACAUGAAAAACGGGGUGGAUCUGGGGCCCAUCUGCGGCCCCCCCAACGGCAUCAUCUGAGCCCAGCCCGCCUCCAGAGGCACUCCAGGAUCCCAGAACCCAGCCCAGAACCCACCAUUGGAAUCCAGCCCAAGAAUCCAUCCCAGGAACCCACCAUUGGAAUCCAUCCCAGGAACCCAGCCCAGAACUCAUCCCAGAAUCCAUCCCUGGAAUCCAUCCCAGGAACCCAGCCCAGAACCCACCAUUGGAAUCCAUCCCAAGAAUCCAUCCCAGGAACCCAGCCCAGAACCCACCAUUGGAACCCAGCCCAGGAACCCAGCCCAGAACUCAUCCCAGAAUCCAUCCCUGGAAUCCAUCACAGAACCCAUCACAGGAAUCCAUCCCAGGAAUCCAUCCCAGGAUCCAUCCCAGAAUCCAUCAUUGGAAUCCAUCCCUGGAAUCCAUCCCAGAACCCAUCCCAAGAAUCCAUCACAGGAAUCCAUCCCGGGAACCCAUCCCAGGAACCCAGCCCAGGAAUCCACCCCAGGAAUCCAUCCCUGGAACCCAUCCCAAAAUCCAUCCCAGGAACCCAUCCCAGAAUCCAUCACACGAAUCCAUCCCAAAAUCCAUCCCAGGAAUCCAUCCCAGGAAUCCAUCCCAGGAAUCCACCCCUGGAGCCCAUCCCAAAAUCCAUCCCUGGAGCCCAUCCCAGAAUCCAUCCCAAAAUCCACCCCAGGAUCCAUCCCAGGAUCCAUCCCAGGGUCCACCCACCCCACCCGCCACGGUUGCUAAAAGAAUAAACAACAAAACCACAACCAAACAAAACCCACAAAAAAAAAAAGAAACAACAAACAAAGAAAAGCAGAAAACAAAAACAAAAAAACACACAAAAAAAAAGAAGAGAAGCCUUUGUAAAUUUCUUUAAUUUUAUUAUGCAUAACAUGUACUAAUUAUUUUUUUUAAUUAACUAAUUGCCCUGCUGUUUUACUGGUGUAUAGAAUUCUUGUACAUAGGUCUCAGAUGUACAUGGAAGGCCACAUUUUUGUUCACUGUUGUAUCUAUAUUCCAAAUGUGGAGACUUUCAGGGUGGUUGGUUUGAAGACAACAAACAAACAAAACAGGGAAUGAAAAACAAAACAAAACCCAUUUUUAAUUCAUCAUUUUUUGCAAAUAACUUUUUUUUUGAGGGUUUUUUUUUUUUUAACCUCCUUUUAGCCCAAAAGUCAGCGAGAAGUUGGGAUUUUAGCUCAGUGACACCACUGCUAAGAAAUACUGAAAAGAGGAAAAUUCAACUUGCUAAAGUCUGGUUUUAAACGGAGACACCAAAAUUCCGGUUUGGGGACUUUUUAAUGGUUUUAUUUCUAUUUUAUUUGUGACUCUGACAUGCUGGAGGAGGGAGCUUAGCUGGCAUUUUCAGAAAACACCCAGAGAUGAUUUUAAACAGGAGGAUUUUUGGGAUUUUUUUAUGCCCACUCCUCUGUUCACCUGGAGAGACACAAUUUGAUUAUUUAGCAUGAGGAAAAAACAAAACAAAAAAAAAUCCAACUUGGCUUUGGUCUUGCUUCUAUAAAUAUAUAGUGUAUACUUGGUGUAGACUUUACAUAUAUAAAAAUUUGUAGUAUUUUCUUGUUUUGAUGUCUGAUCUGUAUCUAUAAUGUACCCUAGUAGUGGAACAUACUUCUGACUGUACAAUUGUACAUUUGUAAACCUCUGUAAUGUAAAUGUGGAGAAGUUUGAAUCGACAUAAAACCCGUUUUUUGGUAAGAAAACAGGAAAAAAAAAAGAAUUUAGCAAAACCUGUGCAUUUCAGUGUAUAUUCACACCUUUUAUGGUCGUAGCAUAUAGUGUUGUAUAUUGUAAAUUGUAAUUUCAACCAGAAGUAAAUUUUUUCUUUUGAAGGAAAUGUUCUCUUUAUACAGCCUAGUUAAUGUUUAAAAACAAAACAAAAAAAAAAAAAAAGGAAGAAAAAUAAACUGCUUGGUUUUAUUUGUCACCUAGUUGGACAGUAGAGAUCCUUUCUAAAUGUUCUACAGACCUGAUUCAGUUCCAAAUAGUGUUUUUUUGAAUCUUACAAAGUAAUGUUUUGCUUCUUUUGUGACAGUAAGAAACAAAAAGUGCAAAAGUACAGCCCCCUCCCGGUUUUCCUUACAAUCAGAGCCCCUUUUCACCUUGUAAAGUGUGAAUCACCUCCCCCCUUUUUUGUACAGAAGAUGAACUGUAUUUUGCAUUUUGUCUACUUGUAAGUGAAUGUAACAUACUGUCAAUUUUCCUCGUUUGAAUAUAGAAUUGUAACACUACACGGUGUACAUUUACAGAGCCUUGUGUAUAUUUCCAAUGAACUUUUUUGCAAGCACACUUGUAACCAUAUGUGUAUAAUUAACAAACCUGUGUAUGCUUCUGCCUGGGCGACUAUUUUUUGUAACUCUUGUGUAGAUUGUCUCUAAACAACGUGUGAUCUUUAUUUUGAAAAAUACAGAACUUUGGAAUCUG